UUACCAUAUAUGGCAAAAAGUCUAAAACGAAUAUCGUAGCUUGGGAGCUCUUCACCGUCCGCGAAUUCUAGUCCGGGUCUAAGUGGGAUUCUCGGGUGUCUGUUGGUCCCAAAAGGUUCGCGCUACGGGCGUUUCUUGAGGAAAUGAAAACGGCGGCUGCCACCGUGCUUUACAUGUGACUGUCGGGUGCGGGAGGGGCGAGCUGUCUCGUGGAUUCUACCGUGGAACACCGAGUUCUCCAGGCGGCGAGGAGGUGGCAGUUGCGACUGAAGCCGCCGCCCGAACGCACUGCAGCGGGACCUCCGUCAAACCAGGUGGACACAUCUGUCUGAGCUGCUUUGUCCAAGUAAGUCGCUGCAAACAUGAACGCCAAGAGAAAGGCGGAUGGCGACUCCAGAAUCGCCAGCAGAACUCGCAUCAUAAAGACCGGAGACUCUCGAGCCGAUUCGGAGAGAGACUCCGGAUUCUCAGACGCGAGCUCGGAACACAUGAGCACCAUGGACACCACAGACUCUGAAGACUCUCCGCAGCACUUUGUCCAGCAGAGUCCAAAGACCUCCGGCCUUGGAGCGCAAUCCUCUCCGCUGGCCAUGGUCAGAGGGUCGUACUCCAACCUGUCGCCCAUGAUCAUCAUGAACAAUGUGGUCCUGAAACAGCCUGGAGAGAACCCUCCUGCCCUGAAGCCCUGGGGCUUCAGUCCAGCAGUAGAGGUGGUUCAGCCAGUCACCCAGCAGCCUCAGGUGGUCUUCCUCCAGCCUGUUGUCUCUCGCCAUGCUUCCCCAAACUCCAAAGAAGGUCCACGACACAGGCGCCUGAAGAAGUAUUUUCCAAUCCUCAAGUCGUAUCCCAAGAUUGCUCCGCAUCCCGGGGACAGCUCGAGCUCCUCUGGAAGAGGGACCGUCUCCUCCACUUCCUCCUCCUCCCCCUCCACAUCUUCCUAUUCUUCCUCCUCGUCUUCCUGCUCAGAGAGAGGUCGAAGCUCCACUUCCAGCCGUCGGGACAAACCGCAGCGAAACCCUGCUUCUGUCAGCAACUCCGUCCCGCCCACCGCCACCCCCUCCCUCCCACUCCCUGUACUUCAGAGCCGACUGGCCCCCCCUGCUUCAGAUUCCAGCUCCGGCUGCAGUCCCGCCAGGCCCACGUCAGUUGUCAGCCUGCCAGACCUGACCGCCUCCCUCUCAUUCACGCACGCAGCUGCCCUAAAAACCCAGACUCCCGCUGAGCUGAAAGAACUAAGCAUCGACGAGCCGUGCUCCGCGGACGACCCGAGCCACAGCGAUGCCGAUGUGAAGCGGAAGCGCUUCUGCAACACGUACAACAUCCUGAGCAAAUCGGGCCUGCUGGACAUCACGCUGCGCACCAAGGAGCUCCUCAGGCAGAACCGCCGCACUCAGACUGACAUCGAGCGACUGAAGGAGCAGACCAAUCUCUUUCUUGAGGCUCUGAGGAGCGGUGACACCAGCGUCUGUGUGAAGCUGCAGGCAAUACUUCAAGAUGAAGCUCGGGAAAGAGAGAGCGAGCAGGUCUCUCCGUUCAGCUCCAACGAUAUCUAGGGAGGAAAACUCUGCAGUCUUUGCCUAAGACCUGGAUGGACGAAGACAGAUGGACCAAAAGAAAUGCGCUCCACCAAAACCCCUCCCCCCCAAACUCUCUACUGACAGUUUGUUUGGCCUACAUUUUAGGCUGCUGCCCCCAAUCCUUCUUGACACACCACGUCUGCCUAAAAGUGCCAUUCACUGGGGCAUUUUGUCUGAACACUCCUGGUGGCCAAAUGCAAAAACAAAACCUUUAGACACUGUGUGAUCAAGUGUCUUGUGAUUCACCCUUGAGAUCCAAAACUGUGUGUCUCCAGAUUAGUGGCAGAAUAAACUGCCACAGCAGAUUCCCGAUGUGGUGUGUCAGGAGAUGAGGGACUGUACGGCAUUGUUCUGUAGUUUCACCUUCCUUCCCUGUGAAAAUUGCACAAAGCAUUGCACCAUGCAAUCUGACGCCACCAGAGAGAUUCGGAACUUUUCAAAGGGGCUGUUCAAACUAGUGGUUUUCGAAUGCGAUUCCUGUAUUCUGUUUACCUGAGUGAGCUUCGGUGUUGUGAUAUUGACAGCUAUUCAGUCGACCGCUCUUCUGAUCUCUCCAUGGAAUAUUGUUGUUGAAUGUACUUGAGGCUUUUAGGCCUCUGAGUAAUCAAGAUGUAAAAAAAACGUGUGCCUGAAGACAUUUUCUUUCACUUCCUGAUCUGCUAUUGGAUGUUAUUGGAGCAAGUCAAACAUCCGUUCAUGAGUUUCUGAGUGCUUCCUUCCAUCCUGUAAGUUAUCAGCGACCAAGUUUUAUCGCGAUGUGGACUUUUGGUGACUUAGUUUCAAACGUGGAGGUCCAGUGCGUAUGUUAGACUACAGCCAGAUGGUCUCCUCACCGUCUUGUACAUUUUUUAUCUGUAACUCCCGAUACUGUCGUGGCGCUCUGUGGAUGUUUAUAUGUUCUUAUGUUCCGGCCUUAACAUUCAAGUUGGCAUUUGCACUACAUUUUUGCAACGGAUUUACAGGCAGCUAUGGUUAUUUAAUUUUUAAAAGUGCAUUGUGUUUAGCCAACCCUUGCAUUCACCUUUUUUUUUAAAUAAAAAUAAAUUGUGUUUAAGUAUGUAUACUUAAAUUAUGACCUGGCUGAUGAAGAACACCAACGUAAAGGAAUGGAAAUAAAUGUUUUGUAUCUCUUUUUGUUCAGUCUGAACGCAAUUAAACACAAAGUAAAAGUGACUACUUCUAUUUGGGUUUGUUCAUAACAAUGACAAAUGUCUUCCUCAAGUGAGUUGUUGUCAGAGUAUUGCUGUAUUUGUCCUAUAGAGGGAGGAAUGAACACAUGAAAAAGAUCCACUGGUGGUGAAGAUCACGCAUACAUUGACAAUCAGAUUCUUUUGACAAAACCUACUUUUUUAACCAGACAAUUCUGGGGGAAAGAGCUCUGGCCCACCAAUAUCGCUAAAUCGACCAAUUUCUAUAAUGACUAGUAACACACACAACUUGUUUAUUUCUGCUCAGUCACCAUUGUGAAAUCACUUAACUGCCAAAAACUACCCAACAGUGUAAUGAUUUCCAGUCUGCAUUCCUGUCAGGAGGGUUGUAAACACAUGUGAUCGUUCAUGCCAGUGAUGUGGACUCUUUAUUGGUUGUCUACAAUGUCAUAAUAUUCAGAACUGUGUGUUAGCUUUUAUACAAGUCAAUGUGUGCAUGUACGCUUACAUAUUGAGUAUAUUUUAUUACUUCCUUUCCUAUUUAAUGAUAUUAAAUGUGU